AUGUCCGACACCGACCCCAAAACCCCCAACAAAACCGGCGCAAGCGGUGCCGCCUGGUCUGAAGGCGAGAAAAUCGCAUACCUCAUCGUUCUCUGUGAAAACGAAGGCAAGAUCGAUGCAAAGAUCGGCAACGCGCCCAUCCCCGCCGGCCGCUCCAUCAUCUCCUGCAAGAAACUCCUCGUGCGCCUCAAAGAGAAGCACAAAGACGACAUUGUCAAGAUCAAGAACGGUCAGGCCUUUGCCCCUGCCGCUGCUGCUGGAGGCGACGCUGCUGCCACGCCUGAGAAACCCAAGCCCAAAGCCACACCCAAGAAGCGGAAGAGCAAGGUCGAUGUCGAGGCCGGUGAGGAUGGUGGUGAAGCAGAUGGUUCUCCAAAGAAGAAAGCUACGCCCCGGGGUCGACCAAAGAAGAAGGUUGAGGCCAAGGAGGAGGUCAAGGAAAAGGAGGCGCUUGUAGAUGAGGAUGUGCUGGAGGAUAGGUCUGAAUGA